GGUUGGUGAUUGCUCUGCUCUGCUCUCACUGGGAAGAAUCCUACUUGAUCCCUCUAAAUUCUAAGAGCCUUUGAUUCCAGUUAACAGCACAAAGUAUUCUGGGAAGAAUCCUACCUGAUCCUUUUAAAGGCCUCCUGCAGUGGCCAAGGCCAGCCUGAGAUCUCUGCCGUCAGACAUAGUCUAUCCUUCGGCUGUGCUCCUCCUGGAAGCGUGCAGUCACCAUGGAACAGCACUGUGGUCUGAUCACUGGCGACAAGGAGAAAGUACCACUGAAGAGCAUCUCAGUGACCUUGUCCAUCAAUGACUUUGUGGCUGCUGUGGCUGCAACCUUAAAUUAUGAGAAUGAGGAGAAAGUCCCAUUAGAGGCAGUCUUUGUGUUUCCUAUGGAUGAAGACUCUGCUGUCUACAGCUUUGAAGCCCUGGUGGAUGGGAAGAAAAUUGUGGCAGAGUUGCAGGAUAAGACGAAGGCUCAUAGCGAGUAUGAGGAGGCCCUCUCCCAGGGCUACGAAGCAUACUUAUUGGAAGAGGAUGACUAUUCAAGAGAUGUCUUUUCUUGCAAUGUGGGAAACCUGCAGCCUGGAGCUAAGGUGGCAGUUACCCUGAGGUAUGUGCAGGAACUGCCCUUGGAAACAGAUGGGGCCCUGCGCUACCUGCUCCCAGCAAUCUUGAAUCCAAGAUAUCAGCUCACUGAACAGUCAGCGAGCAGUUGCUUGAACAUACGGAAACCAGCAGUUUCUCUGGAGGACCUGCCUUAUACACUCAGCAUGGUUGCCACCAUCACUUCCCAGCAUGGUAUUGAGAGGAUCCAAUCCAACUGCUCCUUGACCCCUAUUCAGUACCUCACAGAGAACAAGACUUCUGCUCAGGUCUCCUUGACUGAAGGGCACAAGUUUGACCGAGAUGUGGAACUCCUGGUUUACUACAGUGAAGUGCACAGCCCCAGUGUAGCUGUGGAGAUGGGGAUGCAGGACAUGAAGCCAGAUAGUUUGAUGGGAGCUCCUUCUGCAAUGGUGAGCUUCUACCCAGAUAUCCCAGAAGUGGAGGCCUCAAAGGCCUGUGGAGAAUUUGUGUUUCUCAUGGACCGCUCAGGAAGUAUGGAAAGUCCCGUGAGCAACGAGAAGAAUUCUCAGCUACGAAUAGAGGCUGCCAAGGAAACGCUUUUGCUGUUGCUGAAGAGUCUGCCUAUGGGUUGUUAUUUUAAUAUCUAUGGAUUUGGAUCUUCCUAUGAAAAAUUCUUUCCGGAGAGUGUGAAGUACACUCAGGAAACAAUGGAGGAUGCAGUGAAAAGAGUGAAGAGUUUAGAAGCCGAUUUAGGGGGCACUGAAAUCUUGACACCCCUCUGUGACAUUUACAAGGCAGCCUCCAUUCCUGGUCACCCCCUGCAGCUCUUUGUCUUCACAGAUGGAGAAGUGAGUGACACAUUCCGUGUCAUUAGGGAAGUUAAGUUAAACAGCAAGAAACACAGAUGUUUCUCCUUUGGUAUUGGAGAAGGAGCCUCUACCAGUUUAAUCAAAAACAUCGCCCGGGUAUCAGGGGGAACUUCAGAGUUUAUCACAGGCAAGGACAGGAUGCAGACCAAGGCUCUUGGGUCUCUCAAGUUUGCGCUACAAUGUGCAGUGGAUAACAUCUCUCUGAGUUGGGAUUUGCCUCCUGGUGUGUCUGUUAAAAUGCUUUCUCCAGAGCAGCCUGCCAUCUUUAGGGGUCAGAGGUCAAUCAUCUAUGCACAACUGACUGGGCUUAUGCCUCAGGGGGAGAGCACAGGAGCAGUGUGCAUCAAGCACAUCCUCCAGGGCAAGAGUCUGGAAAACAGGGUGACAUUUUCCCUACAACCCAAGGCAAAUGCCAAUUUCACCAUUCAUCGGCUGGCUGCAAAGUCCUUGAUUCAGACCAAGGAUUUGGGAUCCGAAGAGGCCUCAAAAGAAGAAAAAGAGGAUGUGAUGAACAUCAGCCUUCAGUCUGGAGUCCUCAGCUCUUUCACAGCCUUCAUUGCCAUAAACAAGGAGCUUAACAAACCAGUGCAGGGACCUCUGGCCCACAGAGUGAUUCCUAGUCCAGAGACGUUUAGCCACACAUUCAACUGUUACUCUGGUGUCCUGGCAUGCUCAAUGCCAAUAGAUGAAUCAUUUGCACUGCCUUCCCUGGGAUGCCUAAUGUCAGAAUCAUGUACACCAGAAAGUGUUCCAUAUACAAGGCAAAGUACUGAUUUUUUCCAGCUCCAAUCUGCAGGUCUUGGAAUGACAAAAGUAGCGUCCAGAAAACAGAAGAAAAAAACAUGUUUUUCUAUCAAGAAAAGGAACUUGCAAAAUGAACACACAGCAUCUGGAGAGAAUGUUGUCCUGCAGAUGAUUUCUCUCCAAAAGGCAGAUGGCUCCUGGAAGCUGGAUGAAGAUCUGGCCAAGAUCCUGGGCACUAAGUUGAAAGACAUCAAGGCUGCAAACCCUGUCAAGCAUGAGGACCCCUCAGCCUGGGCCACAGUGCUGGCUGUGAUCUGGUUGCAUGCCAAUGGCAAGGACUUAAAGUGUGAGUGGGAGCUUCUGGAAAGGAAGGCUGUGGCCUGGCUUCAGGAUCAUGCAGGCUCUUCCAUCCCCAUGCUUGUGCAAGCUGCUAAUAGCGUCCUGAAAUUAUCAGUGAAUCCUGCUGUCUUCGGCAUCUAAAGAUGUCACCCAUGAAAGCAGAGCCUUUCCUGGCUACUCUCAAGUUUGUCACUUCUUGGCUGAGAUAGCUUUUGGGCUCUAUUCAUGUCUUUUCAUUUCAUCAUAACAAGAACAUACCCACAGCCUUGCUUAUCAUUCUUGGUACCUUUGCACCUGAUUUUUUAUCCCUAUUAUUUCUUUUGUGAGAAGUUAGCAUAGUCUCCCAACAUGUUUUCAUCAUGGAGAUUUUUGUUCUAUUCAUAUGCAGAAUGACACAUAAAGUUUUCCAAACCAAUUACAAUAUAGUUACAAUAUAAUGGUUGGCAUGGAAUCUAGAGUAAGCAUGCAGCAUUGACCAUGGGCCGUGCUUAAGUUAAUAACCUGCAGUAUUGUUAUCUACUGUCUAUGCAGAGUAUGGUCUAUGUAGUAUGGUCAACAAAUGGCUUUAAACUCACAGAAUCGGCCUAGCAGGUAGCACAGCCAUGAUGGAUGCUUCUCAGUUGAGGACACUACAUGUCUUGAGGACCUCAUGCUGUUAUGCAUUUUUGCUCUGCCUGUUUCCUUCACAUCCCUCUUAAUCUAAAGAUUGUAUAAAAACUCUAAGUAGGCUUCCAGGCCCUCACUGGGCAGUAUCAUUGGCACUAAGCAAUCAUAAUGCCUGAUAUCUUUCAGGUAUUGUUGCUAGAGCAGGCUAAUGAUUCAAUUACUGCCCUAGGAAAGAACUUAGAGAUGUGGGUUGUCACCAAUGUGUGGAGAGCUUCUGGGGCUGCUUGACAGGAAUCUGACUUUGGCCAAGGACAAGGAAAUGGGCUUUAGGCAGGAAUCUGACAUUGGGCCAUGACAGGGAAGUAAGUUCAGGCA